AUGGAUGGACUGGUUUAUAUUAACUUGAAUUGGGGUAUUACCUUACUCACUCAGACUGCUGCUGGAAUCCUUGGAAAUUCUUCACUCCUUUGCUUUUAUAACUUUACUUUUAUCACUGCACAGAGAUUGAGACCCACAGACUUGAUUCUCAACCAGCUGGUCUUAGCUAACAACUUGGUUAUUCUCUCUAAAGGGAUCCCUCAGACAAUGGCAGCUUUGGGAUUGAAAUCUUUCCUGGAUGAGGCUGGAUGUAAAGUUGUCUUCUAUUUACACAGAGUGGCCAGAGGGGUUACUCUCAGCACCACCUGCCUCCUCAGUGGCUUUCAGGCCAUGAAACUUUGCCCCAGUAUCUCUGUGUGGAUGGAAAUCAAAAUUAAAUCUCCAAAGUGCAUCGUUUUCUGCUGUUUUCUUUGCUGGAUCUUGCAUCUUGUGUUAAAUAUCUCUGUUGUAAAACAUGUAACUGGCCAAACAAAUAACAAAAACAUGAGCAUGGAAAAAAUGUACAGAUACUGUUCCUCACCCACUUUAGGGAGACUGCUAUUCUCAGUAAAUGCAGUCAUUUUCUUGGUCACUGAUGUUAUGUUUUGGGGCCUCAUGGUUUGGACUAGCAGGUUCAUGGUCCUUUUUCUGUACAGACACAAGCAGCGGGUACAACACAUUCACAGCAGCAGGAUCUCACCCAGAACUUAUUAUGAAACUAGAGCCACAUGCAUUAUCCUGAUCCUGGUGAGCAUGUUUGUCUCCUUUCAUGCUCUAUCUAGCACUUUAUCAUUUUGGAUAACCCAGAUUCAAAAUCCAAUCCCUUGGCUGAUAAACAUCUCUUCCCUGGUGUCUCUGGGCUUCCCAACAUUCAGCCCCUUUGUGUUUAUUUUUAGUGAUACCCGAGUCUCACGGUUCUACUUUGCCUGCUAG